CCAUGAUAUAUACAUACCUAUAUCCAAAUAUGUUGUAUACAUUAUGGUGUAUACGGAUAAAAUAACUGUUCUCUUGAUCUGUCUAACGAGGCUGCAAUCCGUUAUGAUUAUUUUCACUCGAAAUUCAAUAGAUUGAGAUUAAAAUUUUACGUGGCAUACAAAAAUAUCAAAUAUAUAUUUUUAAUUGUUCAUACAAUGGAAGUUCGAAAUAGAAAGUCAAAAAAUAAUGAAAAAAUGAUACGUCAAUCCGCUAGUUUUGAUUAUCAACAAUCUAAAAUUCAGAGUUGUGUUAUAAAAAAUCAAACUAAUGAGAAUAAUGACGAAGAAGAAAAAUUAGCAUUAAAAGAAUUUAUGGAAAAAGUUGAAACUGAACAACCAACAUUAGUUCCAUCAAAAAGAAUUAUUAUUAGUUUAGAAUUUGAUGUUAUUGCUGUAGUUUUAUUGGUUGCUGGUAUUUUAACUAGACUUUAUAGACUGGAAGAACCUAGGAGUAUUGUAUUUGACGAACUUCAUUUUGGUAAAUACGUUGGUCUUUAUAUGAAGAGAACAUUUUUUUUCGAUUCUCAUCCACCAUUAGGAAAGCAAUUGAUAUCAGCAGUAGCAUGUUUAUCUGGAUUUAAUGGAGAAUUUAAAUUUGAUCGAAUUGGAAGUCCAUAUACAGAACAAGUGCCUUUAUUUGCAUUAAGAAUUGUUCCUGCGUUAUUUGGAAGUUUUAUGGUACCUACAGCUUACCAUUUAGCUAUUGAAUUAGGAUUAAAACCAUGGAGUGCAUUAAUUGCUGGAUUGCUGCUUCUUUUUGAUAAUGCAUUAUUAACUCAGUCACGGUUUAUAUUAAUGGACAGUAUACUUGUCGAGUUUUCAUUAUUUGGAUUAUUGUGCAUAUUGAAAUUUCAUAAGAUAAUGGAUAAACCAAAAACAUUAGCUUGGUGGAUUUGGUUAACACUUGGAAUUAUUUCUUUAACAUGUGCUGUUUGUGUUAAAUACGUCGGGUUUUACUCCUUAAUACUUGCAAUAUUUAUUAUUACUCGUGAUUAUUGGAAACUUUUAAGUAAAAAAACUCUCUCUAAUACAGUAUUAUGGAGUCAUUUAAUCGCACGGAUACUUGUAAUUAUACUGUCUUUUAGUUCAGUAUAUUUAGGAGUAUUUUAUAUUCAUCUUUCUGUUCUUACGAAAGCUGGACCGCAUGAUGCAGUAAUGACUAGUGCAUUUCAAGCAAGUUUAGAGGGUGGGUUAGCAAGCAUUACUAAAGGUCAACCUACUGAAGUGACACAUGGAAGUCAAAUAACUUUACGUCAUACAUUUGGACGUGCAUGUUGGCUCCACAGUCAUAAUCAUUUAUAUCCAUUACGAUAUCCUGAUGGACGAGGAAGCUCUCAUCAGCAACAAGUGACUUGUUAUUCAUUUAAGGAUGUGAAUAAUUGGUGGAUUGUAAAACGACCAGAAUUUAAUGAUUUAGUAGUAACAAGACCUAUUAUUCCAUUAAAACAUGGUGAAGUUGUCCAAUUAGUUCAUGGUAUUACUAGUAGAGCUCUUAACUCUCAUGAUGUUGCUGCUGCAAUGACACCACAGAGUCAAGAAGUAUCUUGCUAUAUUGAUUAUAAUGUUUCAAUGCCAGCACAAAAUUUAUGGAGAGUUGAAAUAAUAAAUCGUGAUCAAUCUGGUGAUACUUGGUAUGCCAUUCAAAGUCAAGUGCGUUUAAUUCAUGUUGGUACUGAGUAUGCAUUAAAAUUUAGCGGAAGACAAUUACCUGAUUGGGGUUUUAAUCAGCAUGAAGUUGUUGCUGAUAAAAUAGUUGAACAAGACGAUGCUGUUUGGAAUGUUGAAGAGCAUAGAUAUACUAAAAGUGAAGAUCAAAAACAGAGAGAACGUGAAUUAAUAAAUGCUGAAAUGAUACCACUUAAAGCUACUCAUCUUACAUUUUGGCAAAAAUUUAUUGAACUUCAAAUAAAAAUGUUAUUUAGUGGACAAGAAAGUCAAAAUAGUCAUAUGUAUUCGAGUGGUCCUUUAGAUUGGCCAUUAAUGGCCAGAGGAAUUGCUUAUUGGGUAGCCAAUGACAGUAACGCACAAGUACAUUUAUUAGGAAAUGUAGCUAUUUGGUACUCUGGCACGAUCGCAGUUGUUAUUUAUUCUAUACUUUUAACAAUUUAUUUAACACGGCGAAAAAGAUGUCAUUUUGAUAUAUCUGAUACUGAAUGGAAUCGAGUAGUUCUUAUUGGUCAAGUUCUUUUUGCUGGAUACAUUAUUCAUUUUAUUCCUUUUUUUUUCGUUGAGCGAACAUUAUUUUUACAUCAUUAUUUACCAGCUUUAGUUUUUAAAAUAUUGCUUACUGCUGCAGUUGUAGACCAUCUAUAUUACUUAAUUAGUUCAUACACUUAUUCAAAUUCUAUAGUAUUAUUCAUAAGACUGAUUAUUAUUACAUGGAUGACGUUAAUUAUUUUUGUUUUCCAAAAGUAUAUUGUAUUAAGCUAUGGUAUGACACCAUUAACAGCUAAAGAUUUAAUGAAAUUGAGAUGGAGUGAAACCUGGGAUUUUAUUGUGCAUAAAUUGUGAAGAAAAAAUAUACACAAUCAAUAUACGUUAAGUAUUUAAGAAAAAUAGUUACAUAAUUAGAAGAGUCUAUUAAAAUUUUUUAUUAGAUCAAUAAUUUUGUAAUAUUUUUUAUACAUUUAUAAAUCAAAUUCUAUUUUAACAAAUCGUACUAUAAUAUCAGUUUUUCCUAAAAUUGUGCAUUAUUAUACUU